AUGGGAGACAGGCUGCCGGAGCCUCACGCCAGCUCUUCCCCUGCUGUGGCUGCCAGCUCAGAGGCGGAGGAAAUCGAGGUGCUGGACUCCGAGGAUGUCCUACCUAUGGCCGCAGAGGAUCACUGGAAAGCCCUAUUUGAUCAGAGAGCUAGCUGUUCCCGCAGGCAGGCACUAAAGGGAGUGGAAAGCAGCUGGGAUGAAGCACAAGUCAGGAAGCAGGCUGAAAUGUUUGAUCCUGACAACACCGGCUACAUCAGCACUGAGAAGUUUCGCUCCCUUCUCCAGAGACAUGGCUCAGAGCUGGAUCCCCACAAGCUGGAGGUCCUGCUGGCCCUGGCAGACAGCAACUCCGAGGGGAGGAUCUGCUACCAGGACUUUGUCAACCUGAUGAGCAACAAAAGAUCAAAUAGUUUCCGCCAGGCCAUCCUCCAGGGGAACAGGAGGCUGUGCAGCAAGGCCCUGCUGGAGGAGACAGGGCUGAGCCUUUCGCAGAGGCUGAUCCGACAUGUGGCGUACGAAACCCUGCCCCGGGAGAUCGACCGCAAGUGGUACUAUGACAGCUACACCUGCUGCCCUCCCCCCUGGUUCAUGAUUACCAUCACUAUUGUAGAGGUUGCAUUUUUUCUUUACAACGGGGUGGUACUGGACAGAUUUGUGCUGCAAGUCACCCAUCCCUUAUACCUGAAGAAUGCACUGCUUUACCAUCCCCAGCUCCGUGCUCAGGCUUGGAGGUACCUAACCUACAUAUUCAUGCAUGCAGGAAUAGAACACCUUGGACUCAAUGUUGUCCUUCAGCUUUUGGUUGGGAUUCCCCUGGAAAUGGUGCAUGGAGCUGCAAGGAUCAGUUUUGUGUACGUUGCUGGAGUUGUGGCAGGGUCCCUGGCAGUGUCAGUAGCUGAUAUGACUGCUCCUGUGGUGGGCUCCUCUGGAGGCGUGUAUGCUCUUGUCUCAGCUCACUUGGCCAAUAUAGUCAUGAACUGGUCAGGAAUGAAGUGCCAAUUCAAGCUGCUGCGCAUGGCUGUUGCCUUGGUCUGUAUGAGCUUUGAAUUUGGAAGAGCCGUCUGGCUGCGAUUCCACCCCUCCGCUUACCCUCCGUGCCCACACCCCAGCUUCAUGGCUCACCUGGGUGGGGUGAUGGUUGGAAUUACCCUUGGUGUCAUCAUCCUAAGGAACUAUGAGCAGAGACUCCAAGAUCAGACAUUAUGGUGGAUCUUCCUUUCUAUUUAUGUAAUUUUUGUCUUGUUUGCCAUUUUCUGGAACAUUUUUGCCUACAGCCUGUUGGAUCUGAAGCUACCUCCCCCUCCUUGAGAACAAUGGGACAGAAAACUCGAGAGUGGAAGUAAUCUGUCAGCUAUGUUAAAUGAAUGAAGAUGGAGGAUCUAUUUUUAUAUUUAGCUUUGGGGAGGAUUAUUCUUUUGAACACAAGAGUGUGCUGGAGGAGGUGCUUAAAGAUCUCAGAUCAGCCAGGUCCUGCAAUACUGGCUGGCCUGGACCCUGCAGAUUCUCCACUGCCAGAGCUCCCAUUGGGCAGCUCGUGCCUGGGCACUUACCACUUGGUUUGCUAGCACACAUAUUUUGUAUGAGAGAUUUGUAUUUGCCAUAUCAGUGCUGGAAUUAUGGCCAGUUGUUGAAUGAAUCACCUCGAUGUUACUGAACACUAAAAGGGAAAUAGAGCAGACAUUUGCUAAUUAGAGACUCACAUGGUACUCACAAGGCAGCUUUGGUUUGGUUUCUAUGGACACAUUUGACUGUUCAGCCAUACCAGUGCCACUGUCUAAUUACUUGAAUGGUUCCUAAGAUAUUUUAGUCUACAGUGAAACCUGUCUUAUGCACCUUUCAAAGGAAUCAGCAGAACUUGAUCACCCAAAGUGAUGGAGACUGGUCUUCAACUACAGGUCACAUUAAAUUGCACUAUAAACCUUGGGAACUCGUUAGAGUGUUGUGGACACCUAGCCGGAGGUGACUUUUACUGUACAUGUUUCACUUGAUUUUAAUUAAUAUUUUUCCCCCAGUCUGCUGUGGCUAGAGGGUGUGACUGGGGUUUCUUUUUUGAGGGAUGAGGAAAAAGGGGGCAAAUGUUCAAGUGUGGUUUUUUGUCAGCUGACAAUCAGGUGCUGUUUU